CCUCUGAAAUCGCGCGGACGUUGCGGUGUGUUCGCAUCUGUCAGGCGAACAAAUGUUGCACCCCUCGAUAUUUUGACCCAAGAAAAAGAAUAUUUAAAUCUAGAGGCUUAUUUCAGAAAGUUUUUUCAUCUGCAUGCUUGAAAAUGAGCGACGACACCGACUCUCCUCCCGAGAGGGAGAUGAAGGACUUUCAGUUCCGCCAGAUGAAGAAAGCCAAAGUUUUUGAGCCUUCAGGCGAAAUGCCGAGAGAGCGUUCCAGUUUACUGGCCGUCUCCAACAAGUUCGGCCUGACGUUCGUCGGCUCGGGUGGGAUGUUCAAGGUCUAUCGCACGGAAGACAUCCUCACUGUAGACAAACAGGAAGGCAACUCCAACACGAUAGUUGAUGGAAUACCAGCAUUGGUGGAGGUGAGGGUGGAUUCGACGCUGCAUAACUUGGCUCUCAGCAGCGACGAACUUACCUUGUCUGUAUGCGCCGCUUCGGAAGAGGCAGCAUUAUUCGUCAGCUUUUACGACGUACGCACCUUCGUUAACCAGGCGCGACCACAAAAGUUUCCUUUUGCCUCGUGGCAGCCAACAGUGCCCCCAGAGACUCUGGUACUGGACCUCAAGUGGAAUCCUGUUCAGGCGUCCAUGUUGGCCGUGUGUCUAUCCGAUGGCAGUAUGUCCAUCUUGGAAGUUGCAGACGACGUCCGAAUUCAGGCCGCACUCCCCGCCUCGAGUGGUGUCACAUGCCUUUGCUGGAGCCCCAAAGGGAAACAGGUCGCCGUGGGGAAAAUGAAUGGCACUGUCAGCCAGUAUACUCCAGCCCUUGAGGAAAAGAAAGUACUUCCGUGCCCCCACUUUUACACCUCUGAUGACCCAGUCAAAGUUCUUGACGUGUUGUGGUUGAGGACGUUUUCGUUUGCUGUAGCCUACGCUGCCGCCGACGGCUCCCCGGAGACCCCACCCGAGCUCGUGUUGAUCACCAUCCCUAAAAAGGAUGAAAAGGUGGAAACAAAGUACCUGAACUUCAGUGACACUGUGUAUGGCUGCUGCACGGAGCGACAGCACCACUACUUUCUCAGUCAUAUAGAAGACUGGAACCUUGUUUUGGCCGCGUCUGCAGCCUCCAUCGAAGUCAGUGUCAUCUCCAGACAAGAUGAGAAGAUCUGGGAACUAUGGAUGCUGGAGGACGCUAGCAGGGCUGAGUUGCCCGUCUCCGAGACCAGUGAAGACACGCUGCCCCUCGGCUUAGCCAUCGACUACACCAGCCAGCAGGAGAUCCGCAUCAGCGAUGAAAAGACGUUGCCCCCUGCUCCCACUUUGCUCAUGCUGUCGACUGAGGGAUUGCUUUGCCCUUUUGCGCUGUUAAACCUCAACGCCGGUGUCAAGCAACUAAUUGCACCUUGUGUCGCACUCCCAACGGUGGGCGAGAGACCCCCCAAGCCAGUUUCCUUGGCAACGCAGCCCCCAAAAUCUGCCGCUCCUCUCCCGUCUGCCUUCCCAAACCUCGCCGUGACUUUCACGGCUGUCUCGUCAUUUAGCCUUGGUCCCACAGCCACCUCAUCAACAUCAGGCUUCGCUUUCUCCUUACCGCCUGUCAGUGACAACUCGGCCCCUCCCGCCUUCUCCUUGGGAACGUCCACACCUUUCGGCUCUGGGGCCUCAGGCUUCACGUUCGCCACCACCGCCAAGCCUCCAUCCGAAGCCCCAGCGGCGCCCUCUGCAUUCUCUUUCAGCACCCCCUCGAAUAAAGUCACAGCCCCGACGCCUCAGAACCUCGCCACUCCGUCUGUACCUGCAGUCAAACUCAAUUUGAGUGACAGGUUUUCAGCCGUUGAACCUCCAGCAACCCCGCCGCCGUCUUUCCCCUUUGCGACAUCUGCGCCCAAAGGUGUAGUCUCAAACGGAAGUGUGGCUGCCCUCCCUGCUGUUACCACCGCCAAGACAGCCACAGUGUCAACCCCGGUACGUCCAGUUCAAACUAGCACACCACCUGUGGCACUCCAAAAACCUUCGCCAGCGCCCCAGGGCCGCAUCCAAACCCCACAGGCAGUUGGAGUCGGAGUAAAGCCAAUGGAGAAGCCGCAACCUCAGCUAAAGAAAGAAACUGAUCCCAUCAUGAUUGGAAUACUAGAGGAGAUUUCACAAUUCCAAAAGGAACUGGAGGAUUUAAAGGCGAGGAGCUCAAUGGCCGACUUCCAAGUUGGAACCAACGAGGAAAUGAAAGAACUAAGGAAAGAGUCAGAGGAUCUGAAUAUUUUCAGCCUGGAGAUUAAGGAAACAACAGAGUCUCUGCACGGUGACAUUGGUACAUUGAAGACCACCUUACUGGAGGGCUUUGCCGGAGCAGAGGAAGUGAAGUCCCAGAGCGAGCUCAGCAGAGAUCGGAAUUACAGACAACUGCUGUACAAAAGACCCCUGGACCCACGCAGUGAGGAACAGCUCAAGGAGAUCCGCCAGCUCUACCAGUACGUCAUGUUUGCUGUGGAGGACGUCAACGGCGUGCUGGAUGUGGAAUGGGAGAAACACCUGGAGAAGAAGAAAAAGAAGAAGCACAUGGUGGUGCCUGGGCGCGAGGGUCUGUUCACCACGCUGGCCAACAACCUGUACAUCAUCAACCAGCAGAAGAACAAGCUGGAUCAGAUGGUCAACGAGCUCACCUCGCUGCACCUCUAUAACAAGAGGGACGCUUCCGCGGCCAACCACAACACAGCCACCUCUGGAAGUAUAGAAAACGAGCUUGACAGUCUAAGGAAUGCCCUGCUGAAGGCCCGGCUAGACACCACCUCUCCUAAAGCCAAAAGCCCAUCACCAGUCAAGAUGUCGCCUGUUAAACAGUCCCAGCUGCGUAACUUCCUCUCCAAGGGCCACAUGCCCCCUGUUCGCUCCACUGCACCAGCCAACCUAUCACGCUCAGCCUUCCUGUCGCCGAAAUACUACGAAGACAUGGACGACAUGAGCUCAACCUCGUCCCUUUCUCAGUCCAUGGAGCCUUAUCUGUGUCAUUUGGAGGUGGAGGAGGAGGAGGAGGAGGAGGAAGAGGAGCUGCUGCAACCUGAGCGCCUCCCUAUGGAGGCCGCUGCCGCUCCUCCAUACCCUCGACACCCCACCGUGGUGAGGACACCCUCCAUCCAGCCUGGCUUUGGAGCCAUCCCAUCCACACCAUUGGCCAAAAUGCAGUCCGUGCCAAUCGUGGGCUUCAGCUUGAGUCCAACCCCCAGCCCGAUUCCCACCAAUAAGAUCAACCUUAGUGGCGCUGACAGCACCGCUCUUGCCACCAAAACGGUCAAGCAUGGGGCACCGUCCCCUGAGAGGACCGUGCCUGUCACCAUUCCGGCUCAACAGGCCGCCGCCAGCGCUGCCCUUCGCAGGCUGAUGGCCAAUCAGAAAUCGGCUGUCAUCAGCACUUCCUUGACAGAGUCCACGUUAAAACUGGAACUGAAGGACAAAAGGGCUCCCGUGUCAUCCUCCGCAAUCAUCAGCUCAUCAACACCAGAGCCAGCCGAUGUGCCACUGCAGGUUCUGGCUUCGACCGCAUCCAUUCUGCCCAAACGACAGAAUCCUGGCCUAGGAGUGCAAAAGCCAUCCAAUGGAAGCACAAACGCUCCACAGGCAACCUUCUUGUUUGGUCAGCCUGACUCAUCUGCCGCACAUGCUAGCUCAGUUGAGCCGAGUAUCAACAAAGGUUUCUCCGUCACUUCAACCCCAUCAAGCUUCAGUUUUGCAUCAGUCACUCCAGCAGUUGGAAUACCACCAGUGAAGGAUGUGAGUGAGUUCCCCUUUAGAGGAAAUGGCAAGAUGAUAUUCGCUCAGACUGUCGAGGAGCCGUCAAAGUCCGUUUCUCCUUCCCUAACUGCUGCCGUGUCAGCCGAACAGCCGCCAUCUUCUGAAUCACCCGUACCUGUUCCGACUGCGGUUUCUGCAACUCUAACACAACUCCCUAAAACAACUGGAGGUGAAACUUUAGGCAGUUUCUCUGGGCUACGUGUCGGUCAAGGAGAAGAAGCAAAAGAUUCCUCUACCAAACCUACCCCUGCAAACACUGCUUUCGUCUUCGGAGGUGUUGGAAUCGGCAAAGGACCGGUACAGUUCGACUUCAGCAGUGAUCAGAAGUCUGCCGGAGACUCUCUGGGAGCUGACUUGUCCAAGUCCGGUAGUUUGUUCAAACCUCCUGAGACCACCCCAAAGCCGACCUUCUGCGUGACCACGGCCAACGUCCCUGCCUCGGGGCUGCCCACGUCUUUCAGCAGCCUCCUCGCGGCCCCCACAGAACUAACGGAAGACCCCAAACCAGCCCCGCAACCUUCAGAGCUCCCAUCGUCUCGUGAAAAAGAGCCUUCUCCAGAGCAUUCUAUCGAGGGUGUCGCACCCUUAGAAAAGUCUUCACCGGAGCCGGCCACUGUCAAGGACGCUGAUCCUGUUCCAGAUGCCCCUGUUUCAGUCCCGGCAACGGAGGCAACACCCCCGCCGGCUCCAAUCGCCACGGCAGACACUACUCCAGACGUAACGUCGGCCACCCCUGUGGUUCCUGCAUCCCAAGUAGCCCCAUCGACGUUCCAGGUGUCCACUUCUGAGAAGCCCGGGUCCAUUUUCACCCAACCCACAACAACGGAAAGCAGCUCUACUGCUGUGAUGCCCGCCAUCAACACGACAGCUGCUUCUGAAACUGCUGCCAGCCCGGCUGCAGCCCCUGUGACCAGCACCCUGGGGGAGGCCACCCCCACAUUUUCAGUCGCUACUACCACUGUGUUUGGACAGCCGACCGCAACCCCUCCAGUCUCAACGGCCCCUUCGGUGUUUGGCUCGUCCACCUUCGGCACAUCGACCGGAGGCGGCUUCGGCAAGUCUGUUUUCGGCCAACCCAGCGGCUUUGGUCAACCCGCGAGCAACACCGCAACGCCAAGCAGCUUCUCUUUCGGACAGUCCGCGUUCGGAGCAAGUGCUAGCCCCGCCACCACCGGAGGAGGAGGCGGUCUCUUCGGAGCACCCACGCCGAGCGAUGCCAGUUCCUUUUCUUUUGUCGCCAGUACAAACUCCAACACGUCCAGCGGCACUGGUGCCGGACUGUUUGGACAGAGCUCCACCUCCGCGUUUGGACAGAGCUCCACCUUCGGACAAGGGUCUCUCUUUGGGAGUAACACCACCACAUCCUCAUCUUCAGGAUUCAGCUUUGGUCAGCCGUCAGGCUUUGGAUCAGCUGCUCCGUCUGGGUUCGGCCAGCAAGCCAACACAGGGAGCGUAUUUGGACAGCCGUCGGGUGGAGGCCUGUUCGGUUCCAGCGCCGCCAAUGCAGCAGGUUCACCAGCCGGCAGCCUCUUCAGCGGCCUCGGAGGCAAGCCGAGCGAAGACGCAGCCAACAAGAAUCCAUUUGGUCCUAGUGCUUCCACCGGAGGGUUUGGACAACCUGCUCAGACCGGUGCUCCCAGUCUUUUUGGUAGUACUGCUGCUAAACCCAUAGGAUUUGGACAGGCCUCCUUUGGGGAGCAGAAACCCAGUGGGACCUUCACUUCCGGUGCAGUUAGUGUUGCUUCCCAGGGCUUUGGAUCCUUUGGUAGCCCAGCAAAACCAGGCGGCUUCGGCAGUGCACCGGUGUUCGGGAGUCCCCCAGCCUUUGGCACGUCACCAUCAUUCGGCGCCACUGCAGCAUUCGGCACCAGUCCGUCCUUCAGUAACACCAUGGGCUCCUCCGCCGGCAAAGUGUUUGGAGAGGGAACGGCAGCCUCCAACAUGGGCGGAUUUGGUUUUGCUUCGCCGUCCAGCGCGUCAUCUUUUGGGGCGCUAGCCAAUCAGAGUGCCCCGCCGUCAUUCGGGGCUCUGGCCCAGCAGGGACCUGGUUUUGGGGCGCAGCCUAGCGGCUUUGCAGGUUUUGGACAGCAGCCACAACCUGGAGGGUUCUCGGGAAAUACCUUUGGCUCCACAAACCAAUCAAGUUCCCAAACGUUUGCCGGUUGGCGAAGCUAGUUUUACUGCCACUACACAAGCUUUUUUCUUGUUGCUUGGAAAGGAAAGUCAAAGAAAAUGAAAAGUUUUAUAUUAAUUUCCUUGAUUAAAAAAAUGUCACGGCACAAAAACAUUUUUGUUUGAUUAGAUUUUUUUUUAUUCUGUUGUUUACUUGCACGUGCAGUAUAAUGCUGUGUGCUCUGAUUCUCUUUGAAGUGUUCAUUGAAGGUAAGCAACCUUUUAAUAAUUUCAUUAUUAUUUGUAAUACUGGGGUAGAAAAUAUUCUGGUUAUUCAAUGGUCAGUAUUUUGAACGGAGAAAUGUCUACAAAGAAAUUUAAAGGAACUGAAAUGGACUAUUUUCACUAUAUCAACAGCUGUCGUAUUUUUUUUACAUGGAAAUGAAUGUUCAAUAAAUUGUUUUCAUGUAAUUAAAAUAA